AUGUUUUCUAAUUUAAUUAAACUAGAGAAUUUGAAUGACUAUAACAAUGAAGCUGAAAAAUGUAUUAAGCCCUUCUUAUAUAAGAAUUCAUCUAUUGAUGAUGAAGAAAAUGACAAUUUUAUACAAGUGGAAAGACCGAAUUUAAUAAAUAUAAAGAAAAUAAAAAAAAAGAAUUAUAAUAGAAAAGAAAGAGGAGAAAUAUCCUUAACAGAUUGUUUAGCUUGUAGUGGUUGUGUUACAAAUGAAGAAACAACAUUUUUAAAAAGUCAGAAUUGUAUAGAAAUAAUAAAUACUGUAAAAAAAAAGAAAAUUAAUAUUAUCUCUUUAUCCUUACAAAGUGUAACAGCAUUAUCUGUAUAUUACAAAUUACCAAUAUCAACAAUUCAAAAGAAAUUAUGUUUUUUUUUUAAAUCUUUAAAUUUUCAUUAUGUAUAUGAUUCAUCAUUAGGAGAAUUAAUAACGUUAAAUGAAGCGAAAAAAGAAUUUCUUGAAUAUUUUUUUAAAAAUAAUGAAACAUAUGAAAAUAAUAAUAUAUAUCCUUGUGAUGAUCAUGUUGAAAAUGUAAAUCAUCAAAAGGAAAAAAAUAUAUUAAUUCGUAGCAUAUUUAAUGAUAAGAAAAAAAAAAAAAAAAAUCCUUCUUAUAAUGAUAAUAAUAAUAAUGAUAAUGAUAAUGAUUAUGAUAAUAAUAAUAAUAAUAAUAAUAAUAAUAAUGAUAAUGAUUAUGAUAAUAAUAAUAAUGAUAAACAUUAUAGGAAUAAUAGUUAUGAUAAAUAUGUUUCUUCCUACUCAAACAACUCAAGUAAUAAAUUUUCCUUACAAUAUAAAGAUAAAAAAAUAGGACAGAAAACCUUUCCACUAAUAUGUUCCCACUGUAGUGGUACUGUUAUAUAUGGAGAAAAAAAUUUUGAGAACGAUUUAUUAAAUAGUUUUAGUAAGAUAAAAAGUAGUCAAGAUAUUCAAGGGAUUAUUUUAAAAAUAUUACAUUUGCAUAACAGUGUUUUAUAUACAUAUCCUUCUUUAAAUAAAUAUAUUUACAAUAAUUUUUUUAGAUUGUAUAAUUAUAAAUUUAAUUGGAUAAAUAUAUGUAGGAAACAUUUUUUAAAGAAUUAUAGAUUUAAUGAUAGUGCGUCAAAAAAAAAAAAUAAUAAUAAUUUUGAUAAUGAUAAUAAUAUGGGUGUAUUUAAAGAAAUGGAAGCUUUAAAUAUAUAUGAUAUAAAUCAUGUUUAUUUAUUAUAUUGUUUCGAUAAGAAGUUAGAAGCUUGUCGAAUACACCAAGAACAACAGACUAGUAUAGAAAAUAAUAUGAAAAAUUAUUUAUCUGGUCAAAAUGUUGACUAUAAUAUAUAUAUAAAAAAGGAACAAGAUCAAAAUAAAUUUUAUUGUGUAGAUGCUGUUAUGACAACAGUUGAAUUAAUUGAAUUAAUAAAUAAUAUGAACAUUGAUUUUUAUACUUUACCAGAAUUAUAUGUUGAUAAUAUAUAUAAGCUUAUAAAAAGAAUUAGUCAAGAUGAUAUACGUGGGGUACAUAAUAUAGUAAGUGCUUUGUCUGAUGUGUUAAAUGAAAAUGUUAGCUCAACAACAAAAAUGGAACACAUCAAAAAUAAUAAUGAUGAUGAUAAUAAUAAUAAUAAUAAUAAUAAUAAUAUAUGUACUGCUCAAGAAUAUAAAGAUAAAUCAAUCGCCACAGGGAACAUGAACGAACAAAAUAAAAAAAAUAACAUCAUGUUAAAUCAUACAGAAGCAAAUUAUAUGAAAUAUAUUUAUGAUGAUUUAUUUUUACAUUAUUUAAUUCGCUGUAGUCAUAAAAAUAAUAUAUCCAUGGGAUAUGGAGAGGAAAUAUUUAAAUAUGUGUGUAAAGAAAUAUUUAAUUUCCCAGUGGAUGAAAAUAAUUUUAAUUUAAAAUAUGAAGACAUAAUCGUUCUUUCUUUAUUUAAGAAUAAUAAUUGUGUGUUUAGGGUAAUCUUAUCCUAUGGUUUUAAGAGUAUGCACAAUGUUUUGAGAAAAAUAAAAGAAUUAAAGAAUGAGCAUACAAAGAAUUAUAAAAAUGUGGAUGAACAAGUAUCACAUUAUGAUGAAAAUAAAAAUACAUAUGAUAUUAAUAUUACAUAUAAUCUCUUAUUCAAUGGUAGAAUUGAUUAUGUUGAAUUAAUGGCAUGUGAAAAGGGUUGUCUUUUUGGAUGUGCUCAGAAUAUUUUUUCAGAACCUGUUGAGAAAUUUUCCUAUUGUUCCUGCAAUAAUUUUGAUAUAUUUAAAAAGUUAGAUAAACAGGAGAUUAUUUCAAACUUUGAUUUUUUACAAGUAUCCAAUGAUAAGAAUAAGAAAGAAACAAACAAAUUAUGUUGUAAUGAGAAUCAUAAAAAUUAUGUUAUGAAUUCUUUAUAUAAUAAUAAUAAUAAUAAUAAUAAUAAUAAUGAUCAAGAUGAAAAUUUAUUCAUUUCUGAAUAUAAAGAUAAAGAAAAAUUGUUUAAGAAAUUGUUUAAUACCAUGCAUGAUGAUCAAUAUACUUUAUAUGUAAACUCUAAAAAUUGUAUAUAUGAUCAUACUAUUAAUUCAUUUUUAAAAAAUAUAUUUCACGUUUUUAACAAUGCAAACUUUCACCUUUUUAAAGCUACCUUCUCUUCAAAAAAAAAAUUGGACAUAACCAACUGGUAA